AUGACGGACACGACCUCUGACGCGGCUCUUCCUGCACACCACGUGGCCACGUUUGCUGCCGGCUGUUUCUGGGGCGUCCAGCUGGCGUUCGAUCGCGUGCCGGGGGUCCUCGAGACAUCGGUGGGCUACGCGCAGGGGAACGUCCCCAACCCCACGUACGCGCAGGUGUGUUCGGACGCGACACAACACGCGGAAGCAGUGCGGAUCGUCUACGACGAGCGCCAGUUGUCCUACGACACUCUUUUGACGACGUUCUGGUCGAUCCACGACCCCACGACGCUCAAUCGCCAGAAAAACGACUGGGGCACUCACUACCGCUCGGGCAUUUACUACCACUCGGACGACCAACGACAGGCGGCGCUGGCGUCGAAAGAAGCCCAGCAGAAGACGCUGGCGAAGCCCAUUGUGACGGAGAUUGCGCCUGCCGCGCGCUUUUGGCCCGCCGAGUCGUACCACCAAAAGUACCUCGAGAAAGGCGGUCAGUGCGCCGAUAAGGGCUGCAACACGCGGAUUCGGUGCUACGGCUGA